GUUUUAGCUUUCCCUCACUGUAAGGUCACAAAAAGAGAGGGGUACAACUUCUAAUCUCUUUGAUUUGUCUAUAGAUAUUCAGAAAGAAUUUGUGAAGAGAAAGAACAGGAAAUAAGCUCUCAGAGAUCUGGCAACUUCAUUUACAGAAUAGGACUAUUUGAGGAACGAUUCAAAGAUGGGGAGGAAAGGAAGCUGGUUUUCUUCAGUAAAGAAAGCGCUCAGCCCCGUGUCAAAGACAAAGAAAAACCAAAAAGCAAAUAAAUCGAAGAAUGAAUGUUUUGAAAAGGAAAAGGCCUCAGUUCCUGAUUCCUCGACUUUAGAAACUGCGACUGUGUCUCAUCCUCUUCCUCCACAGGAAGAGGUAAAUUUGAUUGAAGCUGAGAAUGAGCAGACUAAACAUGCUUAUACUGUUGCAGUAGCCACUGCUGCAGCUUCUGAGGCUGCUGUUGUGGCUGCUCAGGCAGCUGCAGAGGUCGUUCAACUCACUGCAGUUACACAGUUUAGAGGAAAAUUAAGUGAUGAAGUGGCAGCAAUCAAGAUUCAAACGGCAUUCCGAGGAUACCUGGCAAGGAGGGCAUUGCAUGCUUUAAGGGGGCUUGUCAGAUUAAAAUCACUGGUAGAAGGGCCUAUUGUCAAACGUCAAACCACAAACACUCUACGAUGCAUGCAAGGUCUAUCUCGCGUGCAGUCUCAGAUCAACUCUAGGAGGAUUAGGAUGGCAGAGGAGAACCGGGCGCUCGAAAGACAGCUGCUACAGAAACGGGCAAAAGAACUUGAUUGUUUGAAGCUUGGGGAGGAAUGGGAUUACAGUCUACAAUCCAAAGAACAAAUUGAAGCAAACCUCCUGAGCAAGUAUGAAGCGGCUAUGAGGCGAGAAAGAGCACUAGCUUAUUCAUUUUCUCAUCAGCAAGCCUGGAAGAAGUCUUCGAGAUCUACAAACCUAUUGUUUAUGGACCCAACCAACCCUCACUGGGGUUGGAGCUGGUUAGAACGUUGGAUGGCCACCCAGCCAUGGGAGACUCAAAGCAUGAGUGAGAAAGAACUUAACAAUGAUCAGUCAUCUGUUAAGAGUGCUAGUUUUAGCAUUGCCGAAGGAGAAAUCACCAAGGCAUAUGCUCGUCAUCAACUCAAUUCUGAUAAGCCUUCCCCACCCGCCAUCCAAAAACCAAGUCUUUCUUCCAACCAUCAGUCCCCUUCAACUCCACCAUCCAAGGCAGCUCCUCCAAUAGCAACCAGAAAAUUGAAGCCGCCAAGCCCAAGAGUGAGUGUGCUAAGCCAAGAUGAUGAUUCAAAGAGCAUGGUAAGUAUGCAAUCAGAGCGGAAUAGGAGGCACAGUCUACCUGGGUCAUCAGUGAGAGAUGAUGAGAGCUUGGCUAGCUCUCCGUCAAUUCCAAGUUACAUGGCACCCACUCAGUCAGUAAAGGCUAAAUCACGGCUGCAAAGCCCCUUGGGUAUGGAGAAUGGAACACCAGAAAAAGGAUCACCCGGCUCUGCAAAGAAGCGACUUUCUUUCCCUCCUUCACCAGCCAGGCCUAGGCGGCAUUCAGGCCCACCGAAGGUACACAACAGCUCCAUUGUGGAUCACAAUGAGAACAAUGAAGGGAUCGUUUGAUUGUUUCUUUUCAAACACUGGAUCCACAAUAAUAAGCUACCUGGUUAUAAAGAGAUUUGUGAACACAAUAGAUUGAAAAAAGAAGGCAAGAAGAAAAAAGAUGGUCAUUUGAUUUGUGGGAUUUCUUCAACACUUUUAAAAAUUCUUAUUUUAUUCAUUGCUUUGAGAGCUUUUGUUUAGGGGUGAAAUUUAAUCAUUCUCUUGGUGAGACUCGCUAUGUGAUUGUGUCUGAUUCCUUUCUCGUUGUUGUAAAGAUUGUGAACAAUUUUUUUAUACAGAACCAACC